AUGCCUACCUCACCUUAUGCUCAACCGAAGGGAUUUCCAGAUGUUCACUAUCUUCCAGUCACUCAUCAAGCCCAAGAUGGAAGUCACAACAGCGGUCUCAGCAUGGAGGCUGGCUACCCAUCUCCAAACUUCUCGUCUCCCGGGUUUUCGUCCCAAGCUUCACCUGGCCCUUUCAAAAGCCUCGAAGAGGUCAGAAGCUUCCACGAGAUGAAACAGGAAGAUGCUAUUAUGAAACACCGCAUCCGACUUUUGAAAUUCAUCCUUCGCCUUGCCACCCUCCUCCUAGCUUUAUAUAUGAUUGCAACCAUGUCUCUCACUUUUCGCAAAUACUUUAACACCCGCCACAUUAUCAUCGACGUGCCCGGCCCCACGGGUCCUCGCGGUCCCUGGGCCGGACAGACGAAGACUUGGCCCACCACUGUCCUCCUCGUCACUUCUACCCUAUCAUUUAUCAUCUCUGCCGUCGUCAUGGCCUCCUAUGUCCGAGGCGUCCACGCCGCAAACGCCGCCCAUGAAUAUGGCUCCUACCUAGGUUUUGGCAUCUUCGCCGCUCACGUGGGAAUGUGGAUCGCGGUCGCGGUUGCCUAUCGAACCGGCAAGGACGGCAAUGACCUCUGGGGCUGGACGUGCGACGAAAGGGCAAUGAACAUUCAGAAGGCGUUUGAGAGGGUGAUCAACUUUAAGAGGUAUUGUGAUAUUCAGACGAGCAGCUGGAUCACCAGUGUGGCACAGGCGGUACUUAUGGUCUUCGGCAUCCAGCUCAAAGCCCUCUCCACAAUCCAUGUGGUCUCCGACCUGCACGACGAAACAGACGACGAGAUGGGCCAUCUCAGACGAAGAUACCGGGACCUUGUGGUUCGGCUACAUUCUCGACGACCUUCCCGGACCUGCCGCAUCGUGGGCUCGACUGGAACGCUUCGCGAAUUGGAGCCUGCUCUGCGUGUGGAACUUGUGGUGUCUCAUCCACAGGAGAUGCGAGAUGCGAGAUGGGUAGUGCGCUGCUGCCAGAGCUAG